GAAGCACACCAUACCUGGUAAAGUACAAGGUGAGCAAAAAAAGAGGAAGACCCUCACUGAGAUGAAUUGACACAGUGGCUGCAACAAUGGGCUUAAGUAUAGCAAUGAUUGUUAGGAUGGUGCAGGACUGGGCGGUGUUUCGUUCUGUUGUACAUAGGAUCACUAUGAGUCAGGACCAACUCGAUGGCACCUUUCUAACCACUCUCACCUUCCAGUUGCCCUACUGUGGUCCCAAUCAGGUGGACUUUUACUUUUGUGAUAUCCCAGUGAUGCUGAAGCUGGCCUGUGUGGAUACCUCAACCCUGGAGAUGGUGGGGUUCAUAAGUGUGGGAUUCAUGCCCCUCAGCUGCUUCCUCUUCAUUCUCACCUCCUACAGCUGCAUUGUCUAUGCAAUCUUGCAUAUCCGUUCUGCAGAGGGCCGAUGCCAUGCUUUCUCCACCUACAGUGCCCACCUCACUGCCAUCCUUCUUUUCUACAUGCCAGUGGUCCUCAUCUACCUGCAACCCACCCCCAGCCCCAGGCUUAAUGCAACUGUUCAGGUCCUGAACAACCUGGUCACUCCCAUGCUGAACCCCUUGAACUACAGCCUGCAAAACAAGGAGGUGAAAUCAUGUCUAAGGAAGACCCUACAUCAUUUGAGCUUCCUUCCUGAACAGCUGUAG